GUGUUAAGUUUAAAACAAACGACUACUAGUAUUUGCUCUACCACCACUAAUAAAUACUUACUUGUACUACAAAUACAAAUAAAACCUAUUCGAGUUUUAUUUUGGCCGUCUAGCAGGCAGGCAGGCAGGCCACACAACGCAAAAAAGCUUCUUCUUAACUGAUGUGAGAAAUUUGAAAACAGUUUCGAAAUAAACGCGUGCAUGACCACAACGAGAAAUAUAAAACACGGAAGGAUUUCAAACAAAAAAUAAUUUUAUUUGGCCUAAUAUUUAGGGAAUUGUGAUAUUUAAACAAACAAAAAUAUAUAUAAUACUCGUAAAAAAAGCAAAGUGUUUUAAGAAAAUUUAAUCAGAAAUUGAAAUUCAGCAAAAAAUUUAAUUAUCUUUAAUUAGCACUUCAAAGUGAACAAAAAAUAAAAUAUUUAUAAAAAAAAGAAAAACAUAUAAAUAAAACAAAAUGAAUUUAUAUAUAAGUUUGGCGGUAAUUGUUGUAGCGUGUAUUACAACCCCCGUUUUGCCACAACGCUGGCAACGACAGCAGCAGCAGCAACAACAGCAACAAGCUCAAUAUUGUGUUACACCCGAAAACUACUAUGGCUCCUGUGUCACACUCAGCUAUUGUCCACAAAUUGCCAAUGUAUUGCAAACAGGCAAUCAACGACAAGCCCAACAAUACAUAAUACUGUCACAAAGAGCCUGUGGCACUAGAAGCGUUAAUGGAGAUCCUGUGGUCUGCUGCACCCGACCUCUAACAGUGCCACAAACCACAUCGCGUCCCCAAAGACAAACACAAAAUCCUUUUCCACCUCAGCAACAAACUACACCCAGCAAUAUCUUCUUUCCUAAUACACAGACUCAGACUAAUCCCAACAAUCCCUUCCUUAAUCCAGCUACCAGAGCUCCAGCGCCACAGCCACCACCAACUAGUGCCCCCACCAGGCCACCCACACAACGUCCCACUACCAAUGCCAACAUAGUAGAGAAUAGAGCCACCUAUUGUCGUGGUCCUGAUUCACGAGAAGGCAGCUGCCUACCCAUCAAAGAUUGCCAACCUUUAAUCGCUGAGCUGCAAAUCAAACAAACCGAUGAGACAUUUGCCAGAUUCCUAAGAGCUUCGAAUACAAUUUGCGGCGGUGGAUCAACAAAUGUCUGUUGUCCCAGCACAAAUUCUCAGCAACGAACCACCACCAAUGCACCUUUAAUUAGAAACUCAAAUGAAAUUCCCAGACGUUUGCCCACGGUCGAGGAGGGCUGUGGUUUCAGUAAUAAUACCUAUAAGAAAAUCGUGGGCGGUGAAGUAAGUAAGAUAGGAGCUUGGCCUUGGAUUGCUUUGAUCGGUUACGAUGAUGAUUUCUCGGCAUCGCCUUUUAAGUGUGGUGGCGCCUUAAUAACAGCCAGACAUGUCGUUACCGCCGCUCAUUGUUUGAGAAGAGAUUUAUCUUUUGUGCGUUUGGGUGAACAUGAUUUAAACACCGAUUCGGAGGCUCGUCAUGUGGACAUCAAAGUAGUUAGGAGUGAAAAACAUCCUGAUUAUAAUACCCGCAAUGGUCACAGUGAUAUUGCGAUUUUGUAUUUGGAACGCAAUGUGGAAUUUACAGAAUCCAUUUCUCCCAUUUGCAUACCCACUACACCAGAUUUAAGGCAAAAAUCCUAUGUACGCUAUACACCAUUCGUUAUUGGUUGGGGCAAGACUAUGGAGGGUGGUACCUCCUCGAAUGUGCUGCAAGAACUACAGAUUCCCAUUUAUGAGAAUCAAGUGUGUCGAGACCGUUACAGACAACAAAACAGACUCUUUACCGAUAAUCAAUUCGAUAAGGCAGUAUUGUGUGCCGGUGUGCUAUCAGGUGGCAAGGAUACCUGUCAAGGAGAUUCUGGUGGCCCUCUCAUGAUACCAGAGCCUUAUGGCAACAAUGUGCGUUUCUAUUUGAUUGGUGUGGUGUCGUAUGGUAUUGGUUGUGCCCGUCCCGAAAUACCCGGUGUCUAUUCGAGUACACAAUAUUUUGUAGAUUGGAUUAAUCAAAAAGUAGCUGAUACUCCUUAAUUUAUAUUUUAAGAAAUAUUUUUGUAAAUGCGUGUUUUUUAUUAUUAAUUUUAAGUCUUAAUUGUAGCACCAACAAUAGAUUGAGAGAUUAUUUAUACAGUUUUAUGUUUUUUAAUUUUGUUUUCAUUUUUAUUUUUUUCAAAUAAACCAUUUAAAAGUAUUUA